AUGGCGCAGAGGCUCCAUCCCCGCGGCCGGGCGCGCUCCGGCGAGCGGAGCCGGCCCCGCGGCUCGAAGCGGGCCCGGCGCGAGGCCCCCGCGGGGGCCGGCAGCCUGCGCGCGUGGACGGAGGAGAACGACGGGCUGGCCGGGGGCUGGCGGGCCAGCCGCUCCUCGGGCCCCGGGCGCGCGGCGCAGCAGGCGGCGCGGCGCUGCCGACUCGCCUUCGACUCGCUGCUCCGGAAGAUCCAAGGGCUGCCGGCUGCUCUCCCCAGCCUCUCUCUGGAGCUUACUGUCCUCUACAACUCCCUGCUUUUUGCUGUUAGUGAGUCGGACGGCCUCGUCGAGGGAGAAGCAGAAAGACUCAACCAUGGGCUCAUUAGGGUGCUGGAGGCUUGCGGGGUGUCUGGGCAGGAUCUCAGCACAGAGGAGCUCUGGCAGAAAGUGUUGCAGGAUGUGACCACAGAAGAGCUGUGCGCGCCUCUGCAUCGACUAGGUGCUCUGCAGGGGGCGGUGUGGCUGGCAGCAAACUGCCUGGGGAGCGUCACUGGUCUCUUCCGGCUCCUGAGUGACACCAAGGGCCCGCUGCCUUCUGCCCACGGAGGUGAGAACGAGCUCCUUGGACUUCUCAAGGCAUGGAGUGUGCCUGUUGAGGGGGACACGUCGCCCCUCGUGGUGCAGAGCACCAAGGACUUGAAAGAGAUACUAUGGACCUCAGCUGCCUUCCUGCAAGCCCUCUCCCUGCUCCAGGCAGCUGCAUCUGGGUUCUGCUCCAAGAGGGUCCUGGCCCAGAUCUACACCUGCAUCGGCUGCUGCACUCAGCAAAUGGGCAAGCCUCAGACGGCUCUUCAGCACUUGAAGCGGGCGCUGCAGGUGGAUUUCCAGUGCCUCUCUGCCCUGUCCCAGGCGGCGCUGGUGUACCGCCAGCUGGGGGAGACGGACGCAGAGUUGGAGGCCCUGGCUCUGCUGUACAAGAGAUCCCCCGUCCUCUCCACGCUGCGGCGCUGGCGUCUGUUCUCCACCCCAGAGGUGGCUGCAGUUCAGCGGGCUCUGGAGACCCCCGCUCAGGAGGCUGUCUCUAUCGAUCCUUGCUUUCUAAUCCGAACGGAGCUCCUUGUUCACACCCCGGCCCUGGCGUCCAUGUUCAGCCGCAGCCACCCGUCGGAAGUGAAGUACCUGCUGGCGCAGCGAUGCCUCCAGGCUGGCAGGGUGGGUGAGGCAGUGGAGCAUUACCUGGAUCUUCUGGCUCUGCUGCAGGAGGGGCCGCAGCACCAGGUGCCCCUGCACGGCAGGUCAGCUCUGCCCAGGAUCCCGGAGGUGUUCCUGGAAGCUGCGUCCGCCCUGGAGCAGCUCGGGAGGUACCAGGAUGCCAUAGCUGUGUGCGAGGAGAUCAUCAGUCGCACGGAUGACCUGAUCCCAGAGACGCUGCGGAUCGAAUUGGACUCCGGUGCUGGAGGGGAGGUGCCAGGGAGGGCCGGCUCCCCUUCACCUGGCAUCCCGCCCCAGCAGAAAGAGAGCCUGCGCUGUAUCGUGUGGAGGGCGGCUGCAUAUCUGCACCAGGGCCGGGCUUGGACCAAGCUGGGGGAGAGCAAGGAAGCCAUAACACGGUUUACCAGGUGCCUUAAUGUCCUCCUGAGAGUCCAGCUUGUGAGCGCAGCCAGCAUCCAUAGCGGUGAGGAGAUGGCAGAGGCCCUGCCCGAGGCAAAGGUGCUCCAGAAGAUCAGGUUGCUAGCUCUCCUCGGACGAGGCUCCCAGUUCCAGGAGCUGGGUCGGGACAAAGAAGCUUUGAUGAAUUUCCAGCACAGUUUGCAAGUUUGCCCAGGUGACCCUGCUGCCACCUCUUACCUGCUGCAAGUUCUGUGGAAGCUGAACCGACGACAGGAAGCUGCUGCUCUCUGGCAGAAGGUCCACGCGGAUGCUGCCCCAGCAGAUGGACAGCAGGAAGCAGCGGGGAGGCCCUACCCGUUGUACCUGGUGUCGUGUCUAAAGCCGGUGAACCUCCCACAUGAUGAGUCUCUUGCGAGGAAUCUGCAGGACUAUCUGAGGACCAGUGGCCAGGAUCCUUAG